ACUGCACAGCCACAACCCACGACGAAAGCCAUUCUCUGAAAGAACAUCAAUAUGGCUCCUAAACUUUCCUGUCUUUUGUUAGCUAUCCUCACCUUCUUUUCUAUCCAGUCCUUCAUAGGUCUGGCGAGGAUUUUGAAAUCCGAGCAUCAGCAAUAUUCUUUUAGCUCCCUUCAAAAGCUGGAGGGAGUUCGAAAGGGCCAAACUGUGGAAGGACUUGUUGAGCUCAAACAAUACCUCAAAAGGUUUGGAUACUAUCCAAGUGAUGUCAAUCUCAUGACCAGCGAUUUUGAUGAUCUCUUGGAGUCUGCACUCAAAACAUACCAGAACUAUUUUCAUCUGAAUGUUACUGGUAUCCUCGACGAUAGUACCAUCAAACAAAUGAUGAUUCCACGAUGUGGAAUGCAUGAUAUCACACCCAACAACACUAAAUCAAAUUACACCAAGUUCCACAUGGUGAUGCAUUAUACGUUCUUCAAUGGGAUGCCAAAAUGGCGACCUUCCAAGUAUCAUCUGACCUACACAUUUGGCUCGGAUGGUGUCCAAGUUGUUGAUAUGGACACCUUGAGGUCUGUCUGCUCAGAUGCUUUCAAAAAGUGGUCAGAUGUUUCUCCAUUAACUUUCCAGGAGGCCUCUGAUGGUGCAUCAGCAAAUAUUGUUAUUGCAUUCUACAGCGGUGAUCAUGGGGAUGGUUAUCCUUUUGAUGGACCUGGGAAAAUACUAGCCCAUGCUUUUAGUCCAGAAAAUGGCCGUUUCCAUUAUGAUGCUGACGAGAAGUGGAGUACUAACCCCGCAAUGGACCAAAUUGACUUGGAAUCCGUGGCUGUUCAUGAAAUAGGACAUCUACUUGGGCUUGCUCACAGUAGUGAUUCCAAUGCCGUUAUGUAUCCAUCGAUUGCAGCUGGAACUAAGAAAAGGAAUCUCGCCCAGGAUGAUAUUGAUGGCAUACAUGCUCUCUACGGUAAUUAAUUAAUCGAAAGCAAAGAUAACAGCCUAAGUCAUCUUAUUGGAAGAACGCUGUGCAUAGCUUCGGGGUUCAUAAAGCACCUGUAGCGUUGUGGAGUAUGAUUUUAGAUUUUCACUAGAAAAUCUUGGGUUCAAAUCCUAAUAAGAAUUUACCCUACUUAUAUUGUGUAAUAUUUAAUUAAAAUAAAUGAACUUGGGAAUGGUUAAGAAAUACUUUCAAGCAA